AUGGACCCGCACCCAGGGUUCCGGGCCAAUGGAGAGGACGGGCCAGGAGGCCUGGUUUCCCGGAUCCUACAAGUUGCGCUCGGGUUGUUUGUAACGACGGUAGAGCUUCCCGUGUUGGCCCCGGGAGACAUGUCAAACCUAGCGAUCAACUUUGAUUGCGAUUUCAGCCGGGCUUGUCGCUGGGGUUCGGUUGGGCAUGGACUUAGUAAAUGGAAACUGGCCAAGGGUCAACCAGACGCAUUACUUUGGCUGGCGGCUACCGGGACCAUGGUCUUACCCUCAGGCCCCUUCGCAAUCCUCGAAAUCCAUGAUGCUGACUCUGACAUUUUUACAUCACAAAGGAUAAACUGUCAAAUAGAGUCAGCCAUGUUCAGUUUUACAUAUUGGACAAUAGGUAAAAAAAUUUUUUUUUAUAGUCUACUAAAUGAGUUUGUCCACGUAGGUUAUGAUUUCAGGCAGUGCCGACUUGCAAAUAUGUUUAUUGGAUGAGUAUAUGAGAGAGUUUAAUUGUACUGGAAUGUUGGAGUCGAGGGUACAACCGGGCAAGGUGGCUCUCAAGAUUCCCGCUAUUGAUAGGCCAUUCCAUGUAAGUCCAAGAUGUUUGGAUACAUAAAAGUUUGGGGAACUAAAACUAGACCAAUCUAUUUAUAUUAUAUGUGCCGACUUCAGAUAGCGAUUAUACCAGACUCUCGUGCUGGAGCCAUCGUAUUGGACGAGAUAAAAUACGAUGCGGAAUUUUGUAAAGGAAAUACCUUAGAGCAAGUGGCCACAAGGGGACCGCUAUUUCCACGACCCGAGUCGGCGAUUGUUGAUAACAGAAUAGUCGUGCCCCCAGUGUCCCCGAUGACAACAAAUUGGAUUGAGGUGACCACAACUCCUUUUACAACAACUACGACAAUCGAAUAUACAACGACAACCACUACAGUAGAAGAAGCAACAACCGAACUUACGACGGUUACAAUAAGUGAAAGAACUACAGAAAUAAUUCCUGAAGAGACUACUACUUGGUAAGGGUAUACGCUCUUAAGCAAUCUUUUAGGCUGAUGACUACACCUAGAACAACCACUUCUACGGAAGAAAACACUGACUUUGACCUAUUAAUCAUUGGCAAUAAGACGCAACCUCUAUUCGACAGGAGGAGGGGUCGUCUGAUUGAGGACACGGGAGACCUUCUAUGUGAUUUUGCCUUUAAUUUCCCUUGUUUUUGGGGCCCUGAAGCUGGGAGAUGGGCAAUUGUUGAAAAAGGGGCAAUUCCCAGUAUGGAAGAGAGUGCUAUAGAAGGCACCGAACUUCCGGCAUACCCAGCUGCUGUUGUCAUUCAAGGAACAGCAAUGUUCUCGAGCGAUCCCUUGAAGUGCCAAACGGGGUCAGGAAAAGUAAGCGCCCGCAGCUAUCAACACUGAUCCUACUCCAACGUUUUAGUUACUUUUUCGGUAUUGGGCCAACAACAAAUUAACGUUGCAAGUCUGCGCUCUAGGGUACAAUCUUGAUAGCAAUAAAAUACAAUGCGUCGAACAAGAUACUGGCACGCGGAAGGAUGAGUCGGCUCUGGCAGUGUUCGAAUUUUCGAAUGAUAUUUUAGAACCAUUUACUGUAAGUCGACUUUUAUCUCCGAAAUAUUUCCAGUUGAACAUCGUUCCGGUUUGGGAAAAGAAUAUAAAGAAUGCAUAUCUAGUGUUGGAUGAGAUUGCAUACAUCGGAGAUUGCAAUACAACUCUGUUAGAGAGCUCAGAGUUGAUUGACAAGCGAGUCAACAACAAUAAAAAGAAAGUCGGUGGCACAAAGAAGCCUUUCGUGAAGCCCCUUCCACAUACAACCACAAUUGAAUCCCGUCCUGUAACGUCGUAAGUUAUCCGAGGAUAUAUUUUAUCGGCAACGGUCCGUAAUGGACAGAUUUCUGAAAUCACUGCAAACACCAUCAGUAUAAAAAAUGUGUGUUUUAUGUAUUAGGGGUUUUCAACGGUGCUGAUUUCGAAAAUGAAAUUUUUUUUAACAGUACUACUUAAGAAAAAAAAGGAUACACAUUUCUUACGAUGAUACUGGGGUGUUGAGGAUAUUUGCAACGAAUUUCAGAAAUCAGCCCAUAACGGUUAUGACAUCUAUCCUUUACGGCAUCUACCCAUAAUGGAAGGAUACGAUUUUAUCAGAUAAUUUUAGAAAACUCGGUUUAAUAACACCGAAGCCUGUGGUAGAAACGGAAACGACAAAAGAAAGUAAGGUUCGAGAGAGUUCAAGUUGGGAAGACAUCAGCGAAGAGACCACUGAGUACACCACUCGGUCCACUACCACAAUCCCUGCAAUAACGACAUUGUCGUACGUCGUUGUCCCCACAGUAAAUGUAAGGCCCGGUUUGGUGGUACAAAAGACGACUCCUAAAAAUUCGUUUACCAUCCCAUACACCACAACUGCCAGAUUUGUCACUACCACGCCGGAACCAAUUAUGGAUUACUGCAAAUUAUUAAACUGUGACUUUAAUGGUAAGUCUAUUGUGAAUCGAAUUACACUUGCAUAGACAACGCUUGCCAUUAUCUAAACCAUGGUCUCACAAAAGUCCCAUGGACUCUGAGGAAUAAGGGAUAUGGGUUUCCGCUGUCGAGACAUACUGAUCUAAGGCCAAGUAAGUAUAUUACCGUUACAAUCUAAAUUAAUUUAGCCCCAACCAAUGGCCAGUUUGUGAGUGCCAUCCUUGGACCUGGGGACUUUGCAAUUCUGGAGAGUCCAAGGUUCAAUUUGACACAAGGAAUCAACGUCUUGCUCUUCCAAUAUUACAGGCAAGAAAGCAGUCGCAAAUACAAAACCCUUAUUUUAGACCAACACACGCAUCCACUAUCAGGUUAUGUCUAGGUACCCGUUAUACAAAGCCUCUAAGAACAAUUUCAAGUUUUAUCCAAUGCCCUCCAAUCCUUCGAUCACUUACAUCUAAAAACGCGUUCAAAUGGAACAGUGUUCACAUCCAACUACCCCCAGGAACUAGUCAUGUAAUAAAAGCCCGCUUUUGUAUAAUCUGAGUCAACAUUUUAGUUCUACUUGGUGGCACAUAACCUUGACCGUUCGACAGAGAAGGCCGCCAUAGCAAUAGACAACAUUCGUGUAGCGAUAUGUGACCCUAGGUCUUUUGAUCCCUCUGUCGAAGAAACAACAGCCAUGGAAACAACGACGUGA